AGGCUUAGCAGCCGAGCACUGUAGCGGGAGGCGAGCAGCGCUGCGGGUUAUUACGACACUAUUCCGGUCGCAAACAUGUCCGAGGAGCGCUCAGAAAGAUCCGAUGGGACGAUUGUGAAGAUGGAGGUGGACUACAGCUCCACUGUAGACCAGCGUCUUCCCGAAUGUGAGAAAAUGGCAAAGGAGGGGAAGCUGCAGGAGGCCGUGGAAAGUCUGCUGUCACUGGAGAAGCAAACUAGAACAGCAUCUGACAUGGUGUCUACCUCCAGAAUCCUGGUGGCUGUGGUUCAGAUGUGUUAUGAGGCUAAGGACUGGGACGCCCUGAACGAAAAUAUCAUGCUGCUCUCCAAAAGGAGGAGCCAGCUCAAACAGGCUGUUGCUAAAAUGGUCCAAGAAUGUUAUAAGUAUGUGGAUGCAGUUACUGACCUGACCAUCAAGCUGAGACUGAUUGACACACUUCGCACUGUCACUGCUGGAAAGAUUUAUGUCGAGAUUGAAAGGGCCAGGCUGACAAAGACCUUGGCCAACAUUAAGGAGCAGAACGGAGAGGUCAAAGAGGCAGCUUCCAUCCUACAAGAGCUGCAGGUGGAGACGUAUGGCUCCAUGGAGAAGAAGGAGAAGGUGGAGUUUAUCUUGGAACAGAUGAGGCUGUGUAUUGCUGUUAAGGAUUACAUUCGCACCCAAAUCAUCAGCAAGAAGAUAAACACCAAGUUCUUCCAGGAGGAGGGUAGCGAGGAGUUAAAGCUGAAGUACUACAACCUGAUGAUCCAGGUGGACCAGCAUGAGGGCUCCUACCUGUCAAUCUGCAAACACUACCGUGCCAUCUACGAUACACCCUGCAUCCUUGAAGACGGUGCCAAGUGGCAACAGGCCCUGAAGAGUGUCGUGCUGUACGUGAUCCUGUCCCCUUACGACAACGAGCAGUCAGACCUUGUGCACAGAAUCAACGCGGACAAGAAAUUGGAGGAAAUCCCUAAAUAUAAGGACCUUCUGAAGCAGUUCACUACCAUGGAGCUGAUGCGCUGGGCCGCCCUGGUGGACAACUAUGGGAAGGAAUUGAGGGAAGGCUCCCCCGACAGCCCCGCCACAGACGUCUUCUCCUAUUCAGAGGAGGGCGAGAAGAGGUGGAAGGACCUGAAGAACAGAGUAGUGGAGCAUAACAUCAGAAUAAUGGCCAAGUAUUACACCAGAAUCACGAUGAAGAGGAUGGCUGAGCUUCUUGACCUGUCUGUCGAUGAAUCGGAGGCGUUCCUCUCUAACCUGGUAGUAAACAAGACCAUCUAUGCCAAGGUGGACCGGCUGGCUGGCAUCAUCAACUUCCAGAGGCCGAAAGACCCCAACGACCUGCUCAACGACUGGUCGCACAAACUCAACUCCCUCAUGUCUCUGGUCAACAAGACCACACACCUCAUCGCCAAGGAGGAGAUGAUCCACAACCUGCAGUGAGAUGAGAGCGGGGCGGCGCUCCUUGUUUUUCCUGUUGUUUUCUAUCAUACUUUUCUUUGUGAACGUUUCGGAAAUAAAGUUCCUUGAAGGGC